AUGUGCGUGCCCCCUAGCCUGUGCACUGCGAGUGUGGUGCGCCCUCGCGGGCCUGUACGCUGUGCUGUGUUCCAGGGAAAGCAUGAUGAGCACGCCCUCAGGGGGGGGCGUAGGCCUAGGCCAGGCGCAUUUAUGGAGCGAUCAUGUACAAAGAGAAGCGGCGGCGACGGUGGUGUCGAGUCGACUUGCUCCUGUGGGCGAGGAUUCGGCGAUGGUUCCCGCCAGGCGGGGCCCUAG